AUGGAUGCCGGUGCGAUGACUGGCUUGAUGAAACACUGGCUGAAAAUUUUCGCUAGCUUUGAGGUCGCGAUAAGGAAGACCUUGUGGCCCCUUCGCCGCCCGGAUGGCAUCCCUGUAUUUGAGACUCCAGUCGAUGUCCGUAACGACUUUGGACCGGAAUUUCGACCAGCAUAUAUCCGUAAUUCUUUCCUCGUGAACACCGCAAGAAUGGAAUUCAAGGAGAUUAUAUCUUCAAACACUUCACUCGGUCGCAUUUCUCAGACUAUUCAGGAAGGGGCCGCUCGACUGGACAGUGAAGAUGUUUCAGACGCAUACGGCCUGCUGCGGGCGACAGAAGAUCUUUUUGAGUUCAGGGACGAUUUGAGGAGAGACCGAACUCUUCCCACGCGUCGGUAUCUAAAAUUGUCUUUCUUCUUCUUGAAGAGAUCAGUUUUGGGGACCGGUAUUUCAGCAAUGGGGGCAUACAUUGGGCACUUCGAGUCCUGCAUGGACAGUAUGCUGACAGAGUUCAACUGGCUCAUGUACCUUCUCGUACGGUGGAUGAGUGAUGGAUGA